AUGGGGCAGUCAUCAAGAAACGUUCAUCAUCCGCCAAGAAGUAGAAGAUCUUCGUCGAUAGACCGGAGGUCUCGUCAUAACUCGAUUUCUUCCAUGGAGUCAUCGACCAGCUUCUUGGUCGAUGACAAUAACCAUGAAAUGUUUUCGGGAGCCGCUUCGGAAAUUAUACCGUCGUCUAUCACUUCUUUGCAUUAUCCCCAUCAUUUUGGAAGGUUUAAAAGUCGUCAUGGGUCCAGCGUUUCCAGAGAAACGUCACCAUUGUUGGAAACCGAUUACCAUCAGGCAGUCGAUAUUGAAUCAGUUAGAUCCAAUGAGAGCGCCAAUUCCCAUGAAACUCAAAGAGGUUUCAAGUUCUUUUCACCAGAUGAAAUCGAACUGGCACCUGGUGGUUCGACGUUGGAAAAUCCCGAGGAUCCAAUCGACUACAAUACUAAUUGGGAUUAUUCAGUUGAUAAAUACACAGAGGAAGAGCCUAUAGAAUUAGAUGAAGGCCCAUCACUUUUUCAUACCCAACCAGGAAGUUCCAGCACGUAUAUGCAGCAAGAUAAUGCUGAUCUUGAAAGCAGUUACGGAUCAUUAAAUUCGAAUUCAGCUUCGCACUUCGAGCGUCGCAAUAGAAGUGAUUCUGGCGACUCAGAUAAGAGUGGCUCUCUGAUUAAUGAAAGCGUGGAUCACGAUAGAGGCGAAGAAACUCUCAAAGACUAUCCGGCUGUUUCAAAGUAUCAGAGGUUCUACUUGGCAGAGGAAGAUUUAGUAAUUGGUAUUGCAGGAUAUACUAACUGUAUGUGGAAAAAAGUAAUAUACUAUUUUAUUUGCGUUGCAACCUUGGGGUUAGGAUACUUAGUUUUGAGAUGGUUUCCUAAAUAUAAAGUCAAUUUAAGGGGGAAUCAAUCACCAUUGGGAAAAGCUGAUUGGUGUGUUAUUGAGAAUGAAUUUGGUGAAUUGAUUAUAGUCGAUGUUACCAAACAGAAGCAUUAUGAGAGACUUUCUCAUUUUUUGACUGUUUAUGAAUCUGAGAAAGACCCAGGAGAGAAUGGGAAAUUGGACUUGUUUGAUCAGAGACAAACAGAUCCAGUUAUUCCCUUUAUGCAUUCAUUUACUUAUAGAUACAUAAAGUUUUUCUAUAAUCCAGUGGAAGAUAUGUUCAAGAAUAAUUCUAAUUGGUACGAUAUUCGUUGGCUUAAUAUCAAAAAUACAAAAGAAGGAAUUUCGCAAUCAACUCAAGAGCAAAGAAUAAAUAUAUUCGACGAAAAUUCGAUUUCUAUAGAGGAAAAGACGAUAGUCCAAUUAUUGAUGGAUGAAGUUUUUCACCCAUUUUAUGUCUUUCAGAUAUUCUCUAUCUUCCUUUGGUUAGAGGAUGAUUACUAUUAUUAUGCAUCUUGUAUUUUUUUUAUAUCUGUUAUUUCCAUUGCAAACUCAUUGCUUGAGACUAGAACGACGAUUAAGAGAUUGCAAGAAAUUUCUAAAUUUUCUUGUGAAGUUAGAGUUUGGAGAAAUGGAUUUUGGAAACAAAUUGAAUCGAGUGAAUUAGUACCUGGUGACGUAUUCGAAGUUGAUCCUUCGCUUAACGUAAUGCCUUGUGAUGCAUUAUUAAUUAACGGUGAAUGUGUUAUCAAUGAAUCAAUGUUGACAGGUGAAAGUGUUCCUGUUACUAAAGUAAGUGCAACUAGUGAAACGGUUCAAUACUUGCCAGAGAAUUUUACAGUUCCAAUGUUAGCUAAGUCCUUCUUAUAUAAUGGGACAAAAUUAUUGAAGAUGAAGUCAGCAAAUGAUGAGCCAGUUACCGCAAUGACAGUCAAGACCGGAUUUAACACUACAAAAGGGUCAUUGGUUCGUUCUAUGUUAUUUCCCAAGCCUACUGGAUUUAAAUUCUAUGAAGACUCGUUUAAAUAUAUUGGAUUUAUGCUCUUGAUUGCGGCUGUUGGUUUUACGUAUUCAACAUACAAUUUCAUCAAGUUAGGUAUCCCAAGAAGAAUUAUGAUAUUAAGAGCAUUAGAUAUAAUCACCAUUGUUGUCCCACCGGCGUUACCAGCCACUUUAACUAUUGGUACUACAUUUGCAAUUAACAGAUUGAAGAAAUUUCAAAUCUUUUGUAUUGCUCCUACAAGGGUGAAUAUCGGAGGUAAAUUAGAUGUCAUGUGUUUUGAUAAAACCGGAACAUUAACUGAAGAUGGUUUAGAUGUAUUAGGAGUACACUUGGCUAAUAAUGCUAGAGGUAGAAAGGAAAUAGUUUUUGAAGAUAUGGUCGAUGAUAUUAAAUUCUUAAAUACUGACACUAUGCGUGCAGGUGAACACGAAACAGACAAUGGAAAGUUUUUAUUAGGUGGAAUGGCAACCUGUCAUUCUUUGAGAUUAAUAGACGAUGAAUUAUUGGGUGAUCCACUUGACGCUAAGAUGUUUGAAUUUACCGGAUGGAAUUUUGAAGAACAAUCCGAUGGGUCAAACCCAGUAGUGUUCCCUAAGUAUGAAAGCGAUGGUUAUAGAAUAAUGAAGGAAUAUGAGUUCAUCUCUUCCUUGAGAAGAAUGUCAGUCAUUGCCAAUGAUGGGAAGGACAACAGGUUCGUAUUUACGAAAGGUGCACCUGAAGUAAUGUCUGAUAUUUGCAAACAAGAAAGUUUACCAACAAACUAUGAAGAAUUAUUAUACAAAUAUACCCAUAGUGGAUUUAGAGUCAUUGCAUUAGCAUAUAAACUGCUAGACAAAGCAGAGAAGAAUACCAAAGAUCUUUCUAGGGAAGUAAUUGAGUCUGACUUAACCUUCAGUGGAUUUAUCGUGUUUGAGAAUAAAUUAAAGGAUUCCACUAAGCCAACUUUAAAUAGAUUAAGUGAAGCCAAGAUCAGAACGGUCAUGUGUACUGGAGAUAAUGUAUUAACCGCUAUAAGUGUAGCUAAAGAAUGUGAAUUGAUAGAGCCAUGGGUCGAACAUAUCUACAUUCCUACAUAUCAGGAGGGGAGUAAUGAGACCAAUCUUGUAUGGGAAGAUUUUAACAACCCUGAAGAUAAAUUGGACCCUAUAUUAUUGAGGCCAUUAAAUUCAGGUAUUGGAAAUGAAACCAGCUACGGUAAGCACGAAACAUAUAAAUUGGCGAUCACCGGUGAUGUAUUCAGAUACUUAUUGGUUGAUGUCAAAAACCCUGCAAUCAUUCAGCGCAUGUUAAUGAAAUGUGAUAUAUUUGCUCGUAUGUCUCCCGACGAGAAACACGAAUUGGUAGAACAGUUACAGAAGAUUGAUUACACGGUGGGUUUCUGCGGUGAUGGCGCCAACGACUGUGGUGCAUUAAAGGCAGCAGAUGUGGGUAUUUCGUUAUCCGAAGCAGAAGCAUCAGUAGCAGCUCCUUUUACUUCCAGAGUCUUUGAAAUCUCGUGUGUAUUGGAUAUCAUCAAAGAAGGUAGAGCCAGUUUGGUCACUAGUUUCUCGUGUUUCAAGUAUAUGUCAUUGUACUCUGCCAUCCAGUUUAUUACCGUAAGCAUCCUAUACAAGAGAGGUACCAACUUGGGUGAUUUCCAAUUUCUCUACAUUGAUUUAUUUUUGAUCUUGCCAUUGGCCAUAUUCAUGUCGUGGUCCAAACCCUUCGACAAGAUAGUAGUCAAGAGACCUACCGCCAACCUUGUAUCGCCCAAGGUUUUGGUUCCAUUAUGCUGUAACAUUUUAGUGUUAUUGAGUUUCCAGGUAUUUUUAUGGUUGCUUGUUCAGACCCAGCCAUGGUACAUGAAGCCAAUUCCCGCGGGAGACGACGAUGUCAAGUCUUCAGAUAACACGAUUCUAUUCUUGUUCGCAAACUUUCAAUAUAUCCUAAUUGCGGUUGUUUUGAGUAUAGGACCUCCAUACAGACAGUCCUUUGUUUCUAACUACCCAUUCUUAGUCAAUUUAGGAGUCUGUACCCUAGUUUCUACAUUAAUAUUCACCAUCGACCAACGCUCAUGGUGGGGUGACAUUAUGCAACUUACGAGCCUCUCAUCCUCAUUUUACUGCUUGAUUUUGGUGUCAGCAGUAUUAAACUUAGGUGUCAUGUGGAUGGGUGAGCACUACUGGUUCAAGACCUUGGCCUUGCUCUACAAGAGAAUAUUUCAAAGACAUAAGUUUGAACGCAGUAGUAAAACAUUCAAGAAUUUGCAAGCAGAAGAUAACUUACAGACUGUAUAG